AAAAAAGUUGGCAAUCUAUAAAAAAAAGAAGCUGAUUCAUGUAUUUAUAAUCUAUAAAUCCUCGGAGAAUCAGAAAAACACAAUCGUCUGAUUCUCCAUCUCUUCUCUGUAAUUUAGUGCUACGUUUCUGGUCCUAAAAGAAUAACCAGAGUUUGCAAGAUGCCUGAAGGGACUAUUCAAGUUGUUCUUGUCGGAGCCAAAGGUCUCGAGAACACCGAUUUCUUCACCAAUAUCGAUCCAUAUGUGCUUCUCACUUGCCGAUCUCAGGAGCAAAGAAGCAGUGUUGCUUCAGGACAAGGAUCUGAACCAGAAUGGAAUGAAACCUUCGUUUUUACCAUUUCCGAGGGUACUUCAGAACUCGUUCUGAAGAUAGUGGAUCAUGACACUCUCACGGAUGAUGAUUACCUUGGAAAAGCAAGCAUUCCUUUGGAGCCACUAUUCAUAGAAGGAAAUCUGCCAACAACUGCAUACAAUGUUGUCAAGGACGAGGAGUACCGUGGAGAGAUCAGAGUUGGCCUUAGUUUUACUCCCGAGCGUCGCACUAGUAGGACAUUUGAUGCUGGGGAGGAGAGUUAUGGAGGCUGGAAAGAAUCAGCUUACACAGAUUGAUUUCAUGCCUUCAGGGCAAGCUCAUUGUUUUCUGAUCCUUGGUGUUGAAAGUGAAGGGAAAAUAAACACUUUGAUUUGUUUUGGGAAUUCCAGUUUGUACGGGUUUGUAUUAAUAAACUCUUCUAGUCUUUCUUCACGGAUAAAAUUGUUCUAGAGACCUGUAUUUCCUCACUUUGCUAUCCAUGGUUUAACCCAGUGGCCAAGGAUAGUUUUGAGAUAGGAAUUUUAUACACCACAGGGAAUCUGCAUCACUGUACUCAUUUUCUACCACUGGGCGAUGGUUAAAUAUAUUCAACAGCUGAAACGCAAUGUAAAACAGCCUUUUAAUCCAA